GUAGUCAAGCGCUGCUGGGCAACGGGCGGGGAAACGGCCGGCGUCACCACUGGGCAGGACACCGCGGGAUUAGCGGAACCUGGAGAGGGCGUGCUGGAGCUGCGGCAGUGCGACUCCUCCGGAACUUCGGGCGCAGAGAAACAUGGCACUCCCCACGCUGCCUUCUUAUUGGUGCAGCCGGAGGCCCCUGGAUCGGCAGGCAGCACGCCAGCGCCAGAGGGAACAGGCGGCCCAGCUUCGGCAGCAGUGGGAACAGAACAGCCGCUAUUUCAAGGUGUCUGACAUCCACAGCUCCAAGCAGGCAGAAUGGAGCUCCAAGGCCUCCUACCAACAGAGCAUGCAGGCCUAUCAGCGUGAGAAGAUGAAGGAGGAGAAGAGGAAGAGUCUGGAGGCCCGGCGUGAGAGACUCAGGCAGCUUGUUCUGGAAGAGCAGGACCUGUUGGCCAGGGAGCUGGAAGAGCUGAGGUUGAGCAUGAACCUGCGGGAAAAAAGAAUCCGUGAACAGCACAGGAAUCUGAAAUCAGCCCGAGAAGAACAGAGAAAACUGAUUGCUGAACAACUUUUGUAUGAACACUGGAAAAAGAACAACCCAGAACUUCGAGAGAUUGAAUUGGACCUUCACAAGAAGCAUGUUAUAAACUCUUGGGCAGCGCAGAAAGAAGAGAAAAAGCAGCAAGAAGCCACUGAAGAGCAGGAGAACAAGUGGUUCGAAAAUGAGUAUGAAACAGCCCGCAGGGAGGCGAUGGAACGGAUGAAAGCGGAGGAGGAAAGGAGGCAGCUUGAGGGGAAAAUGCAGGCUGAGGCAUUGCGCCAGCAGAUAGAGGAGCUGAAGCAGAAGGAGAUGGAGGCAACCAAACUAAAGAAGGAGCAGGAGAAUCUGCUAAAGCAGCGGUGGGAGCUGGAGAGGCUGGAGGAAGAGAGGAGGCAGAUGGCAGCCUUCAGGCACAAGGCAGAGCUGGGGCGUUUUUUGCGGCAUCAGUAUAACGCACAACUCAACAGACGUACCCAGCAGAUCCAGGAGGAACUGGAGGCAGACAGGCGGAUCCUGCAGGCCCUCCUAGAGAAAGAGGAGGAGGUCCAGCGUGUCCACUUGGCCAGGAGGGAGCAGGCCCUGGCUGACGCAGCCUGGAUGAAGCAGGUCAUCGAGGAGCAGCUGCAGCUAGAGAGAGCACGGGAGGCAGAGCUGCAGGUGCUGUUGAGGGAGGAGGCCAAGGAGAUGUGGGAAAAGAGAGAGGCAGAAUGGGCCCGAGAGCAGAGCGCAAGGGACCGGCUGAUGAACGAGGUUCUGACAGGGAGGCAGCAGCAAAUACAAGAGAAGAUUGAACAAAACCGGCGAGCACAGGAGCAGUCACUGAAACACAGGGAGAAACUCAUCCAGAGUCUUGAGGAGGCAAGACAGUCAGCUCGCCUUGCCAAAGCGGAGAGUGAAGAACUCAAGUCGGCCAGGAAGCAGGAUCUGGAAGCCCAGGUUGCAGAGCGUCGGCUCCAGGCAUUGGAAGUAGAGCAGCAGGCGGAGGAGGCCGAGGAGGAGGCCAAACAGGCAGAAGAGCUCUCUGACGCUCUGCUGCGGCAGGAGGUGAAGACCAUGGCUGAGCAGGGCUACCGGCCGAAGCUUCAUGGACACCCCAAAAUUGCAUGGGACUGACCUCACAUGUACCUUAAGAAGCGUGCCAAACUGAUAUGCAGCUACAGACACUUGUACCGUGCUUGGCUCUGCUCGGGGCUCAGGGUGCUGCUGGGUAGGUCAGCCAUGUGAUCAAGCACAUUGUGGUCUGCCUAGAUAUCAAGAUGCCCUGGGUGUGCUGUGCCCACGGGAGCCCUUCCCUGCCCUCCUCACUGAGACAGGUCUCUUGUAGGCUCAUGUUUAUAACACUCUCCAAAGUCUUGUACUGUUUAUAAAUAACAAGAUUCUAGGUUAGUACUAAGAACAGCUUGUAUUCCAUGAUGGAUUAUGUAAUUUCCUCUUGUCUCACCUGUAAUUGUCUCCAGGGAGAACUAGUCAGAGAGAGGAGCCAGUCUUUCAAUUUUCAAAAUCUCCAUGAAAGUUACUCUGUUGAAAACAAGCUUAUAGGUCCUGGUGUAGUUUAUUUCAAGGUUAUUAAUUUAGUGGUCUCAAAGGAUCACAUCUUUGACUUCUGGAAGAAAGGAACUGUGACCAAAUCCACCCUCAGAUAGUUGGUAGUCUGUGAGUACCUCUGGGAAGACAGUGAGAAGUGAGCCCCUUGUUCUAGAAGUAUUUUGUUAGAAUUUCCGUAGAGGAAUGGUAGAGUGCUUACCUGGCAUGUGUGUGGCCCCAGCUUGCGCCCCAGCACCAAGAAGAAGAAAAAAUUUCUAUAGAGCAUUAUACUCGGGGGGUGGGAGGGGGAGUGAUCCCAGCACAUUACCCCUGAAGAGGGACCUCAGAAGGUCACCUGGGGGCCAGCCCGCUUAAGACAGGGGUGUGACUAGGAACCUGUAAAGUCUUGGGAAGGUCUCUUACAUGUAGCCCCUUGGGAAUUAUGUGUCUAGAGCAACGUACUGAACCUGGAGAAACUGAAUCCAACUCAACCACAGAUGAGCCCAUUUCCCCCUCGGUUAGAUCAGUGUGUCCCCAAUUCAUCUCUGCAAACAGCUCCAGUUCCUCGUAGCAAUAAUCAUAUUUUUAUGACUUGUAUUUUCUCCAUACCCUUCCUCUGAGGUUUCAGUUUUCAUUACACUGUAAUCAGAAUCUCAUAUCUCAGUCAAUCCUAGCUAAUUAUAGGGCAUUUUCCAUGGUUAUUAAAAUCCAAAGUUUAUUACAAAAGCCUGAGUCUGAGGGCUGCAUUCCCUUCUCCAUCAUGCCAUAAAAACAAAUUGAGCUGUGAAGUAUGUCCUCCGUGUUUUCAUUUUCCUGUCAUGGGGUUCUUUGCUGUGAUCCCCUGUACACCACUUUAUCAUGCACUUGUGACUAUUUCCCCAUUUCAGAUGUUCAUUAAUAAAGAUCUGCUUUGA